UACGGAAUACGUAUUUGUAUAUAGACUUCCCCCGACCCAGCUAGCUCACACACUUACUUACUUUCUUCGACUCCUUGGAAUUCUCCCUUUCUUCUCCAUAUAACCCCAAGCCCAAAGUACAGCCAAAGCCGACAAAAUGGACCCCUCCCUCGUGAAAAUCCCCGCCAUGAAAGAUCUCACGAUCGACAACAUCACCGAGAACGUGAUCCGCAUCAACUCGCUGUGCCCGGACGAGCGCAUGAAAUACAUCCUGGAGCGACUGGUCACCCACCUGCACGACUUCGCGCGGGAGACGCGCCUGAGCACGGAGGAAUGGAUGACGGGGCUGCGCUUCCUGACCGAGGUGGGCAAGAUCUGUACGGAUGUGCGGCAGGAAUUCAUCCUCCUCUCCGACAUCCUCGGCCUGUCGUUACUGGUGGACAGCAUCGACCACCCCAAACCCGCCGGCAGCACCGAGGGCACCGUCCUGGGCCCCUUCCACACCCACGAAGCCGAGGAGCUGGCCCCCGGCGCCGCCAUGUCCCACGACCCCAACGGCCAGCCCCUGCUGGUGGUCUGCACCAUCAAAGACACGGCCGGCCACCCGGUCUCCGACGCGAAGAUCGACAUCUGGGAGACCGACAGCACCGGCCACUACGACGUGCAGUACCCGGACCACGACGGCCCGGACGGCCGCUGCAUCAUGCGCAGCGACGCCGACGGCGUCUUCUGGUUCCAUGCCAUCACCCCCGUGCCGUACCCGAUCCCGCAUGACGGGCCCGUCGGCAAACUCCUGAAGCUGCUGGGUCGCCAUCCGUACCGCCCGAGUCAUAUGCAUUUUAUGUUUGAGAAGGAGGGGUUCGAUCAUUUGAUUACCGCCCUCUACCUCCGCAACGACCCCUACGAAACCUCCGACGCCGUCUUCGGCGUCAAGGACUCGCUCGUCGUCGACAUCGGCACCGCCGGCCCCGAGCUCGCCGCCAAGUACAACGUCCCCGAGGACCACGCCUGCCUUACCUACGACUUUGUGCUCGUCUCCGACGAGGAGACUAGUGCGUUGCGUGCACGGAACUCCAAGGAGGCGCUGGAUCGGUUGGGGCGGAAGGUCCGCAUUGUGAAUGGGUUGCCGGUGCCGGAUUUGGAUUGAUUUCUUUAUUCUAUUUUCCAGGGGCGGUGGGGAGGGGGUUUAGGGUUGAGAUUGGGUUCGGUUGGAUUUAUGUAUAUACCUUAUAUUAGUUACGGGAUUUAAGUCUUGGUUGUGCUUUACGCAACUGGGGUGCUGGUUGGAUUGGUUAGCACUGUGGCUUGCGGUGAUGGUAGUGUCCAAACUAAGAUCAAAUGGUAAUC